AUGUCCACCGCAUCCAGCAGCACUUCUGCCACGCCCGCGCCAUGGCGCGCAGCCCUGCUCAACGACAUCGGCAAGAUGUCCCAGGCCACCUUCACCCUCAGCACCCUGCACCACACCCAAGGGAGUAGCAGCAGUCUCUCGGGGGGCAGCCCGGUCCCGCGCGCCCGCACCUGCAUCUACCGCGGCAUGUGGGCGGAGCUGCCCGAGGACGCGCGGAACCCGGCCGACCGCAACCCGCCGCUGUACGCGAGCGACCUGCUCACCUUCACCACGGACCGGCGCAUGCACAAGGCGGCCGACGUCCUGUCGCCGGGGGGGCUCGGCGGCGGGCCCGUCGAGGCGUGCUUCUGGGCGGCCGAGGCGCAGGCGCAGUGGCGCGUCCGCGGCCGGGCGUGGGUGCUCUCGGCCGCCGGCGCGGACGGCCCCGGGGCGGCGGAGGCGCGGCGGGCGGUGCGGGAGCGCAUGCGCCCUUCUUCUUCGUCGUCGUCGUCUUCUUCUUCUGCUGCUGCCGAUCCCGAGCGCGGUCAGGAUCAGGAUCAGGAUGACUUGAGCUGGAGCUGGAGCCGCGAGGUCAAGGCGCACUUUGGCAACCUGAGCCCCAUGAUGCGGGGCACCUUCCGGAACCCGCCGCCGGGGACGCCGCGGGCGGUGGCGCCCGAGCAGGGCCUGGGGCUCGGCCAGCAGGUGGACGGGGUCGAGGACGCGCUGGCGCUGGGCAACUUCCGGGUGUGCGUCAUCGUGCCGGACGAGGUCGAGCUGGUGGACCUGUCGGACGCGGCGGACCCGAGGCGGCUCGUUCGAACCGUGGCACAUGUCAUGUUGCAUUUUACAGGUCUGGGCGAUCUCGCUCGCUUCUCCGGCGGCACGAGGAGAGACGACGGGACACGAAGUUGCGGUGGCCGAGGCCGUGCUGACGACCUGCAGGUUGCAUCUCGCGAAAUCCCGCGUGGGGUGUCAAAAGCAUGGGUUGGAGUUCUUGCUGGUGAUGGUGAUGGUGGUGGUGGUGGUGGUGGUGGUGGUGGUCAUCAAUCACAGAGCACAGGAUCUCCUGAUGGCCCUGUGAAACCGGCCAAGGUGACGGGCACAGCAGGAAGAGAGGUUGUAGGGCUGGGCUGGAAGAGGAAUGUUGCAGUGGCACACCACACACGCAUGCUGGCCGUCACGGAGGGAGCUCACCCGUCCGUGUAA